GUAAGCCGCGGCGGUGUGUGUGUGUGUGUGUGUUCUCCGUCAUCUGUGUUCUGCUGAAUGAUGAGGACAGACGUGUUUCUCCAGCGGAGGAAGCGUAGAGAUGUUCUGCUCUCCAUCAUCGCUCUUCUUCUGCUCAUCUUCGCCAUCGUUCAUCUCGUCUUCUGCGCUGGACUGAGUUUCCAGGGUUCGAGUUCUGCUCGCGUCCGCCGAGACCUCGAGAAUGCGAGUGAGUGUGUGCAGCCACAGUCGUCUGAGUUUCCUGAAGGAUUCUUCACGGUGCAGGAGAGGAAAGAUGGAGGAAUCCUGAUUUACUUCAUGAUCAUCUUCUACAUGCUGCUGUCCGUCUCCAUCGUGUGUGAUGAAUAUUUUCUGCCAUCUCUGGAGGUCAUCAGCGAGCGUCUUGGUCUCUCGCAGGAUGUUGCUGGAGCCACGUUUAUGGCUGCGGGGAGUUCGGCUCCAGAGCUCGUCACUGCAUUUCUGGGUGUGUUUGUGACGAAGGGCGACAUCGGCGUCAGCACCAUCAUGGGUUCUGCUGUCUAUAACCUGCUGUGCAUCUGUGCAGCGUGCGGCCUGCUGUCCUCUGCAGUUGGUCGUCUGAGCUGCUGGCCGUUGUUCAGAGAUUGUGUUGCGUACUCCAUCAGUGUCGCCGCCGUCAUCGCCAUCAUCUCAGAUAACAGAGUUUACUGGUAUGAUGGCGCGUGUCUCCUGCUGGUGUACGGUGUGUAUGUAGCUGUACUGUGUUUCGAUCUGAAGAUCAGCGAGUACGUGAUGCAGCGCUUCAGUCCAUGCUGCUGGUGUCUGAAACCUCGCGAUCGUGACUCAGGCGAGCAGCAGCCUCUAGUGGGCUGGAGUGACGACAGCAGCCUGCGGGUCCAGCGCCGUUCCAGAAAUGACAGCGGAAUAUUCCAGGAUGAUUCUGGAUAUUCACAUCUAUCGCUCAGCCUGCACGGACUCAACGAAAUCAGCGACGAGCACAAGAGUGUGUUCUCCAUGCCGGAUCACGAUCUGAAGCGAAUCCUGUGGGUUUUGUCUCUUCCGGUCAGCACUCUGCUGUUUGUGAGCGUUCCCGACUGCAGGAGACCCUUCUGGAAGAACUUCUACAUGCUGACCUUCCUGAUGUCCGCCGUCUGGAUUUCUGCAUUCACUUAUGUGCUGGUCUGGAUGGUCACAAUCGUGGGGGAGACUCUGGGAAUCCCGGACACAGUGAUGGGAAUGACUCUUCUGGCUGCAGGAACCAGUAUCCCCGACACCGUGGCCAGUGUGAUGGUGGCACGAGAAGGUAAAUCUGAUAUGGCCAUGUCCAACAUCGUGGGCUCUAACGUGUUCGAUAUGCUGUGUCUGGGCCUGCCGUGGUUCAUCCAGACGGUGUUUGUUGACGUGGGCUCCCCGGUGGAUGUCAACAGCUCGGGGCUGGUCUUCAUGUCCUGCACGCUGCUGCUCUCCAUCAUCUUCCUCUUCCUCGCCGUGCACAUCAACGGCUGGAAGCUGGACUGGAAGCUGGGUCUGGUGUGUUUGGCGUGUUACAUUCUGUUCGCAACACUCUCCAUCCUGUACGAGCUCGGCAUCAUCGGGAACAAUCCCAUACGCUCCUGCAGCGACUGAACACUGCUCUACAGCGCCCCCUUAUGGACAACACAAGGACGUGACUCUUUAUAACCCUCUAAAGUGCACAGGUUCAUUACUGAAUACAAGAAAAUAGAACUGCGAGACGUCAACUCAAAAUACAAGAGAAGUCAAAGUGCGAGAUGUAAAAAAUAUAUGCACAUAAAUGAGGAUAAACUUUUUAUUUAAUAAGACAAAACUGCAUAAAGUCUGAUGUGAACACUGCUCAACAGCGCCCUCUCAUGGACAACACAUGGAUCUGACUCUUAUUAACCCUCCAGAGUGCAAAUACACUAACACAACGUAAUAUAACCAAGUUAAAAUGGCAAGAUGUGAACUCAAAAUACAAGAAAGCAGUCAAGAUGCCCGACAUAACAAAUGUGCAUUAAAAUGUAAGCCCU